CUUUCUCAGGGAUACGAAACAGGACACCAGGAGAAGAUCAUAUGUGUGGCACAGCAUUCUGAGCCGACUGCCGACCAAUGACCAAGACAACGAUGCAUUGGCUGGCGCACCUCCAGAUCAUCGUGCUAUGCAUUUGGUUGAUGUGCCCCAGUUCGCAGGCCAUAAAAUGCGACACCUGUGGCAAGGAGUGUGCCAGCGCAUGUGGCACAAAGCACUUUCGAACAUGCUGCUUUAACUACCUUCGCAAGCGAUCUGACCCCGACGCACUGCGUCAGAGCUCCAACAGGCGGCUCAUCGACUUCAUCCUGCUGCAAGGACGUGCCCUCUUCACCCAGGAGCUGCGAGAAAGGCGCCACAAUGGCACUUUGAUGGACCUCGGCCUGAACACCUACUACCGCUGAAGACAACCCCAGAUUAUCUUGUACCACGUUUACUGAUAACCAAACUGGCAUUGAUUUUGAUUAACGAACUAUGUGAUCCAAUGGCUAUGGCAAAUGGUUGAAAUGCUUGAAAUGUUACUUACCAAUAAAGGCACACACUUCUUUGGGGCACUGUGCCCGACAAAGCAGUUGAG